UUUUGGACAUUGGUAGAUAUGAUAAAAAUUGAAUUUUGAAGUGAAAUUCUGGAUCUUUUCUAUCUCUCUUUCUAGUUGGAAGUGUGAAUUGAGACCCAAUGUGUUGAUUGAUUUUGUGCUUUUGCUUAGUUAUUCUGGGUGCUUGAGCUGAAUUUCCAAAAGAGCUAAGACUUGUUAUUUCUUUCUUUGACUUGUAUUGAGAUAUUCUGUUUGAAUUAGUCACUAUUUGAACUCUACUUCACAUGCUUUAGUGUUUAAUUGUUGAUGCCAUCUGACUUACCUAAAUGUUGUGAUUUAUUUUCUUCAUUUUCUUAAUCUUAGUUGUUUACAAUCUAUGUAUUGGUUCUUGCCAAUAUUUCAUUAAGUUAUGGACAUAAGUAAUGAGGCUAGUGUUGAUUUCUUUUCAAUUGGACCUUCUUCAAUUGUGGAUAGAACAGUAGCCUUUAGAGUCCUGUUCUGCAAAUCAAUCGCGCGGUUGAGGCACAAAGUCUUUCAUUUCUUGAUAUACUACUUGUACAAGAUCAAGAACUAUUUGUCAUACUACUUGACACCUUUGAUCAAAUGGUUUCACCCUCGUAACCCACAAAGAAUAUUAGUGUUAGUAACACUUCUAGCCUUCUUGCUGAGGCGAUACACGAAUGUUAAAAUCAGGGCUGAUAUGGCUUAUAAGAGGAAAUUUUGGAAGAACAUGAUGAGAUCUGCCUUAACUUAUGAGGAGUGGGCUCAUGGUGCCAAAAUGUUGGAGAAAGAGACCCCUAAAAUGAAUGAGGCAGAGUUUUAUGAUGAAGAAUUAGUUAUAAAUAAACUCCAAGAACUUCAACAUCGUCGUCAUGAAGGAUCUUUAAGAGACAUUAUGUUCUUCAUGAGGGCUGACCUGGUGAGAAAUCUUGGCAAUAUGUGUAAUCCACAACUUCAUAAGGGUAGGCUUCAUGUGCCUAAACUUAUUAAAGAAUAUAUCAAUGAGGUUUCAACUCAGUUGAAAAUGGUAUGUGACUCUGAUUCAGAUGAGAUUUUAUUGGAAGAGAAACUUUCUUUUAUGCAUGAAACAAGGCAUGCUUUUGGUCGAACAGCUUUGCUUUUAAGCGGGGGCGCUUCAUUAGGAGCUUUUCAUGUUGGUGUGGUGAAGACAUUGGUAGAACACAAGCUCAUGCCUAGGAUAAUUGCUGGUUCAAGUGUUGGAUCAAUUAUGUGUUCUGUUGUUGCAACUCGGUCUUGGCCCGAGCUGCAGAGUUUCUUCGAGGAUUCUUGGCACACGUUGCAACCAUUUGAACAGAUGGGCGGAAUCUUUACUGUUUUCAGGAGGAUCAUGAGACAAGGUGCUGUACAUGAGAUUAGGCAGUUGCAGGUGAUGUUACGCCAUCUCACGAAUAAUCUUACUUUCCAAGAAGCCUAUGAUAUGACUGGUCGAGUUCUAGGGAUUACAGUUUGCUCGCCUAGAAAACAUGAACCUCCUAGAUGUUUGAACUACUUGACUUCCCCUCAUGUUGUUAUAUGGAGUGCUGUGACUGCUUCUUGCGCCUUUCCUGGUCUGUUUGAAGCUCAAGAACUGAUGGCAAAGGAUAGAAGUGGAAAUCUCGUUCCUUAUCAUCCACCAUUUCAUUGGGAACCUGAUCAGGCGGCUUCUGGUAAUUCAUCUUCUCGUCGAUGGAGGGAUGGUAGCUUGGAGAUUGAUUUGCCUAUGAUGCAGCUAAAAGAGCUCUUCAAUGUAAAUCACUUUAUUGUGAGCCAGGCGAAUCCACAUAUCGCUCCCUUACUCAGGAUCAAAGAGUUUGUAAGAGCUUAUGGAGGCAACUUUGCUGCCAAGCUUGCUCAUCUUACUGAGAUGGAGGUGAAACACAGAUGUAAUCAGGUAUUGAAACUUGGUUUUCCCUUGGGGGGAUUAGCCAAGCUAUUUGCUCAAGAUUGGGAGGGUGACGUCACUGUUGUAAUGCCUGCCACUCUUGCUCAGUACUUGAAACUCAUACAGAACCCCUCUACUUUGGAGGUUCAAAAGGCAGCAAAUCAAGGGAGGAGGUGUACUUGGGAGAAACUACCAGUCAUUAAGGCAAAUUGUGGAAUUGAGCUUGUUCUUGAUGAGUGUGUUGCAAUACUCAACCACAUGCGUAGACUAAAAAGGAGCGCCGACAGAGCAGCAGCCACUUCACACGGCUUGUCAAGCAGUACUGUCAGGCUUAAUGCUUCUCGACGAAUUCCUUCUUGGAAUUGCAUUGCGCGAGAGAAUUCAACAGGCUCCCUUGAAGAAGACUUUGCGCGAAAUUGGCUUUCUAAUAAUAGGAAUACGCAUGAUCAUCAUGUUAGUGACAGUGAGUCUGAAAGCGCGGAUUAUAAUUCUUGGACAAGAUCUGGUGGUCCUUUGAUGAGGACAACAUCGGCUGAUAAGUUUAUCGACUAUGUCCAUAACUUGGAAAAUAAUGCUUCACAACGAUUGAACAGAGGAUUGAGUAUUGACCUCAACAAUGUUGUUGUUCCUCAGAUGGUUAUAGGCCGGGAGCCUCUUUCCCCGAGUCCACGGGUAACAACACCAGACAGAAGAUCAGAUACAGAAUUUGAUCAAAGAGACAUCAAAAUUAUUGUAGCUGAAGGUGAUUUACUACAGACUGAGAGGACUAACAAUGGGAUUGUCUUCAAUGUGGUAAGGAGAGGAGACUUGACUCCAUCAAAUAGGAGUCUUGAUUCAGAAAAUAACAGUUCCUUGCAUGAUCCGAUGGCCGAAUGCGUGCAACUCGAAAGUCCAGAAAAGGAUAUGGAUAUAAUCUCAGUAUCAGAAGAUGGAGAAAAUGAUCAGAGAUUGGAAGAUGCAGUAGAGGAAGUAACAGAAAAUCAGAUCAUAUGAGAUAUGAUCAUGUCGUGUAAAGAAUCUUUAUACUAUCAGUUUAGUUUAACCGACCAGCUAUAGCUUGUUAUUACUCUAUUUUUCAGGUUAUCAUAUCAAGCCUCAUAUGAAGAGUUACCUUAGGUCAACUUAACCUGAUACCCUAAAAGUUCUUUCUAGUGUGAAUGCACAGAAUUUUGACUCAUAUUUUUAAAAUUUGGUAACCUGAUCUGCUGUCAAAGACCACAUAUGCCACUACUUUUGACAUGAUAUUUUUGAAGAGAUUAUAGUUGGAUUUGUGGCUAUCA